GGUUACUUCCGCAAACAGUCUAAAGAGCGAUGCUUAUUGAGUUUGUGUUGGGAUUUGUUGCUUGACAAAUAGAAUUAAAAGCUGAAUAACUUCAUGCAUUAUACCUUUUUCUCAAUCGUGACGUUCUUCUUAGCAUGUCGUUUUUCGACUGUAAAGGGCGACAACAGUUGUGGUUCUCUAAAGCAGUGGCUCCAGUCAGCUGCUGUUUCAGUGGAGAUCAAGAACAGGGGGUUCCAUAGGGAGGUAGAGACCACAGUUGAGCUCCACCGUGAUGCGCUCAAGAAAGUCAGCGUUUUGCUCCUUCAUAGAUGGCCCAGGGGUGUCUAUGUGGACCCCUACCAGCUCUCAUUCCUGACUGAUAAAGUUGACUGGCAAAUAUUGAUGGACUCAACCAUUGAUCUGGAGGUUCCUGCACACCAGUCUUUUGGAUUUGUAACAUAUGUUUACACCGCCUUCACUGAGCCGCUGAAAGUCACCAUUCCAAUACACGGCCGCUACCACCAGCCUUCCUUUGCUGGAGGAACAUAUGAAUUUGUCACCAUAGACCCCCCAGAGCUGCUUUUGCGGACAGAAGAAUGUUCAGAGUGGAACAACUUCGACCUUCACACGGUGAUGGAAGCCCCCUGCAGUGCUUACAAUACAAGUAUAUGUCUGUGGGUUCAUGUGAACCAUCAACAGAAGCACAGCCAUGACACCUUGCAGUUACCAAUAGGUGAUGGUUCCUUGGUGAGACCAGUAUGCACUGUAACGCUGCUGGUCACCAUUAUGUGCUGCUUGGCACUUUCCAAAUACAUGUGGAAGUAUCGUAUUGUUUAAAAUGUUUUCUCUGAUUACUUUAAAGAAUCAGUUUGCUUUUUUUGCACUGUACAACAUUAUUUUUAAAUAAAUGCUCAGUCCAGUUUCUCAACUCCAAAUAAUUUGUUUAAAAUGUAGUACUUUGUAUUUUCAAACAGAGGUCAAAUAAAAAGAUUACCAAAAU